AUGCCUAGCCUGGUAGUGUCAGGGAUAAUGGAAAGGAACGGGGGCUUCGGGGACCUGGGCUGCUUCCCGGGCAGCAGCAAGGACCGGGCGCUGCUGGAGGACGACCGGGCGCUGCAGCUGGCCCUCGACCAGCUCUGCCUGCUGGGCUUGGGGGAGCCUUCGGCCGCCGCCGCCGCGCCCUCCGCCGCCGCCUCGGCCUUGGGGGGCGGCGGGGCGGUGGACGACAGCAGCGGCGGCCAGCCGCCGCAGCCCCCCCCGCCGCCGCAGCCCCAGCAGCCCGCGCCCCCGCCGCCGCCCCCGCCGCCGCCCCCGCCGGCCUCAGCCCAGCAGCCGCAGCAGCCCCCGCCGCCGCCGGCCCCCAAAGGUUGCAAAAUCAAAGCUCUGAGAGCCAAGACCAACACUUACAUCAAGACGCCGGUCCGCGGUGAAGAGCCCGUCUUCAUGGUGACUGGGCGGCGGGAGGACGUCGCCAUGGCCAGGAGGGAAAUCAUCUCGGCUGCUGAGCAUUUCUCCAUGAUCCGCGCUUCCCGCAACAAGGCCGGCCCCACCUUCGGCAGCGCCCCCACCUUGCCUGGGCAGGUCACCAUCCGGGUCCGGGUCCCCUAUCGUGUGGUGGGCUUAGUUGUGGGGCCCAAAGGAGCCACCAUCAAGCGGAUCCAGCAGCAGACCAACACCUACAUCAUCACACCCAGCCGCGACCGGGACCCCGUCUUUGAGAUCACCGGGGCCCCCGGCAACGUGGAGCGAGCCCGAGAGGAAAUUGAAACCCACAUCGCUGUCCGGACAGGCAAAAUCCUAGAAUACAACAACGAGAAUGACUUCCUGUCCAGCAGCCCUGACUCAGGCAUGGAAAACCGCUACUCAGAGGCCUGGCGGGUCCACACUCCUGCCCCAGGUUGCAAACCCCUCUCCACCUUCCGCCAGAACAGCCUCGGGUGCAUCGGUGACUGCUCCUUGGACCCUGCCUAUGAGACGCCCCGGCUGAACGACCAAAACGAUUUCAAUUACAGUUACCUCUUCCCUAACUACGGGGUCAACAAGCAAGACCUGUAUUAUGGGGUCCCCGAGUCAGGAGCGCCUCUGUGGGCUGGCCAGGAAAACACCAAUCCGGUUUCUGUGCUGUUCUCCAAACAGCGCUCGGGCAAUGCCGGCACCCUCCACCCCAAUUCGCACCGCUCCCCUUCGUCAUCCAUCCAAGAGCCUCCCCUCUCUGGGCUUCCGAGACGGUCUCAGGGGGAGCCCCUGCAAGGGUUUUCCAAAUUGGGUGCUUCCACUGCCACCCGGACAUCCCUCUCGAGCAGCCGGGAGUGCAUGGUGUGCUUCGAAAGCGAGGUAACGGCGGCCCUGGUGCCCUGCGGCCACAACCUCUUCUGCAUGGAGUGUGCCGUGCGGAUCUGCGAGCGGACCGACCCCGAGUGCCCGGUCUGCCACGCGGCAGCGACUCAGGCCAUUAGGAUAUUUUCUUAA